AUGGACGUGUACAAGAGGGACUGGUCGUGUCUCGUCAGCGUGGUCGGUGGGCCAGGGUUGCCCGAUCCGCACGCGCAGGAGUGCGAGAGCGGGUACACGCCGCUACACUUGUUGCUAGACCGAGGACACUUGCACAUCGCAGAGCGGGUAUACUCACGGUGGGCUCAAGAGUGGGCAGAGACCCCAGGGGGCCGUCGUGGGCACAUAUCCAACGCAAGGGACAGAGAGGGACUCACUCCACUGGAGUUGUACCGUUGCAAGUGGCUGUCCGCGGCGAGACACCCACGCGGACUCUCCUACAAAUGGGGCCCGCGCCGCCGUAUACAGAUUGAGUGGACCACCGUGGACAGUACCCCCACAGAUGCAUCGCACGUACUCACCCUCGGGUCCAACACGAACUACCAGCUGGGUACAGGACACAAGGACGACAGGCAGAACUUCUACCAGUUGCAUGUGGACCAACUGCCGGCAGAGAGGGGUCCGGCUCCGGGGGCAUUCCCCUCCCUUGACAAGAGAAUCGUCGCCGCUAAGGUGACCAAGUACUACUCGACAUUGGUCCUGAAUGAUGGGACCCUUUACACCGCGGGGAACAGCUCCAGGGGGAGACUUGCCAGCCGGGGGAACAACAGCAACGGCAGCCCACAGCUCGGAUUUACCCGCGUGGCAAAGAUGCCCUCCCUUGUGCUACAACUUGCCUCAAGCGAACACCAUACGGUAGUCCUCUGUGAGGACGGUGCGGUUCUCUCAUGGGGGUGGAACAGCUUCGCACAGUUGGGUCACUCCUCCACUGCAAACUACGACGAGAAUGCAUGCUGUGCAGUCCCGCGUCGUAUACGAUUCCCAGGAUUUCCCACCACAAGUGGACCCCGAAUCACCUCCGUCAGUUGCUCAAGGAUCCACUCUGCGGCUAUCUCGCAAGACGGACAGUGCUACCUUUGGGGGCUUAACGUAGGUCAGAUGGGCACUUCCGCGUCCUCAGCGGAACACGCGCACACGGACACACACUACGCUGGGCACCCUGGCCACAUUGAACAGCGGCCAGUGGUAGUACAAUUGCCCGCGGGUGUCCAACAGGUACUCUGCACGGAAUUCGCAACCUUUGUCAGAGCCAAGGGGAAUACGCUACACGUCCUCUCGAACUACACGACAAGGACUUUCAAAGUGCCUCUGCCUCGUGGUAAGGGCUACAGGGCGCCAGACCCGUUCAACCACUUCACAAGGAGAGACGUCCCCAAUGGGAUCGUCGACAUGAAGUGUUCUAACAAGUUCGGCAAUAACAUCGCAUUCCGAUUCGAGUGCGGACGACUGGGCACCAUCUCCAUCAGGGAGGAGUCGCGCUCAAUGUGGUCCAACAUUACAAACAACGUGCUCCCAGUGAACCUGACGUGGUCCCCGAACUACAAGUUUGACAACUGCAGGGACUUCGAUAUCGCAACCUCAGGCAGGAUCGUCCUAUGCACAGCAGCAGGACAGGUGUACAAGGCAACGGGGGACUCCCAACAAGGUUUCGAAAUGAUCCACAGCGGGAAACUCGUCUCGGGCCAUGCUCUCAGAGUCUCGUGCGAUUCCACCUUCGGAUCCUUCCUCGUCUUGAAGGACGAGACAACCCACAUCGCAGCAAACUAUGGGAGGGAUAACCUAAUCAAUGAGUUUGCAACGCACUCCCCAUGGGGGUCCACAGACGAGGGGGUAGAUUCCCUCAUCUUCGGGAUGCGCGGGCAAGACACAGACAGUACGCGGAGUCUUAUCACUUUGCAAGCCAGCGGGAGCAACCAGUUCGAAGAGUACUCGGUGCCGCAGUCUGGACCCUCGAGGCGACAGAGUGACGGCAACGUGGUCUUUCUCUAUGGGGAGGGACCGCUAUGUCGUUGCGACAGGACGCUCUUGAAAAGCAAGUGUCAACGGUUCGUCAAGUCCCUGCAGACAACUGGCCAGUUUAUGACAGAGGACGGUAACAUCACUUUUACUUUGCAAGACAGCUUCGAAAGCGAUCGGUGGAACAUCGCUGUCGCGGCCCCUGCAAAUUUCCCCGUGGGGGACGCCCUCGCACAUUUCGUCCAUUUCCUCUACACAGACGGGAAGCCAACAAAACAACAGUUCACAAGCCUGAUCUUCAACCUCGCAGAGGACGCUCUACAUUUCAGGAAACUUAACUCAUACUUGCAAGAACUGUUGCAACUGUGCCUCAAUUAUUCGCCGUCCCAGGAGACACUAUUGGAAAAACCAGAUACCAUCGUGCAAUUAAAUGACGGGAUCGUCUACGCACAUUCCUUCAUUUUGGCCACAAGAAUGGCCUUCUUCAAAACAUGGAACAAGAGAGAAUGGGCCAGGAGAGACGCGGACAAUAUGAAGGUAAUAGCAAUACCAGCCAUGUCCAUCGAGCAUUUUGUCUGCUUCUUGAAAUAUGCAUACGCAAGCGGCUACAAGGAGUCCGUCAGUGAUGUCCCGCACGGGAAAUCCUUCUUCGAAUGCCUCCAGUUCUUGCUUGAACUUCUACAAUUCAGUGACAGGUUUCUAAUGAUACCGUACAUGACCUUCUUGGAAGCACUCAUCGCUACGUAUAUCACCGGCGACACGGUGUUGCUGAUCCUCAUAAACGCACACUACUGCAAUGCCCACAUGCUCAGUAUGCUGUGUUGUUCGUUUAUCUGCAUGCAUGUGGGCAUACUGUUCACAGCAGACAACAUGCCCAUUUUGAGGGACUCAUUCACACCACAGCUAUGGCACUUGUUGGAGGGGACUCUGAGAGAUUCAAGGGAGCCGAAAUUGGCGACCCAUCUGCAUAUGCCUGUCCCCUGGUACGAAGAUCACAGCGUCAACUGGUUGAGUUUGUUCAAAAACAACAUUAAGGCAUUCAACGACAAGUUUAUCUCGCAGGAUAGGCCCUUCGAGCCACUGUUUGACUUGAAGGUAGUUGACCUGAAACCCAAAUCUACCUCCAGGAGAGGUUCCAUUGCCAUCGAUAAAACAAGACGACAGUCGUCAUCUGUUGGAAGACUAAAAGGUAACAGCGCGUCGGCACGGAGAAAGUCGAGUUUUGCAAAUCAGGUACCAGUGGAGAUCCUAAGGAGGAAUAGCGUCAGGCCCAGUGUCGAUACGAGUGCCAUUGAGGACACGGACGAGUUCAUCGAGGUAAAGAAAAAAUCUAAGAGAAGAGACUCGGAACAGUCCAAACCAAUUGGCCCCGUAACUAAACAGACACCUACUUCAAGGGCAUCGAUAAGCGAGAUUGUCAUCCACUCAGAAGACCAGAGCACAACAGAUCUCCCAUCAUUGUUGACGCCACCUUCGUCGUCGAAAGCUGAUGUUUCGACGUCAGGGUCGACAGAGGACGUAUCGUCUUCUAAGGGCCCACGCGUGUUCAAGAAGACUAGCCAAAAGGAACGGAGGAAAAACAGUGCCGUUGAUGGGGGUUCCAAUGAUAAAAGCGGUAAGAAACCCGUUUGGGGUACUUCCACUGUGCCCAAAAGCAAGACGAAGGAUGAAAAGUCUAACAAUUCGGGAUCCAAAUCCACCCCAUUGCCGUCACUAUUGAACGGUGUCACCCCUGAUAUCAAACAGCAGAGAAAGCGAGGGAAAAAGAAACCUUUGGCCGAUGAAGGAUCCUCUGUUAAAAUCACAGAGUUUGUCAGCAGUGGUAAUCCAGGUGGCAUAAAGCCAUACAUGACCUCGACGAAAUCGGAAAUAAACGAGAUAGCAGCGACCUUCUCAGAUCCAACCGCAGAGCAUAGAACCUCCGUGGAGGAGCAAAUUGCCGCCCUAGAAUUUGAAAAGUGGUUCGCAAAGGAGAGUGCGAAGGUCCAAAUCAACUUGAAGAAGGAUGCUAACAAUCUUCAGGCGGUGUACGCGAGCACGGACAACUUCCCCGAGUUUUUUGGUGGUCAGGAGGGCAAGCCGAAGAAGAAAGUCAAGGCCAAGUUUCCAAGUAAACGUAAAGUGGCGAAGAGCGAUGUAAAGGAUGUCAUACGAUAG